GACACCUUGAACACUCAGUCGCUCACCGUCAAUUAGUUUUUUUCCUCCUCCGUUGAAGAUGACUUCAGUUUCCACCGCAGUCUUAUCAUUCCCACCGCAUUUCAAAUCUCCAUCCAACUUUCUCACCACCCAAUUCCACAUCCCCACUUCUCGGACUCUCAAAACCCGUUUAUAUUCCUCCUCUUCCACCGCCAUUGAAGAUGACCCGCAAGCAAACUCAGAGCUGCUGGCAAUGCCCAUUGACAAUCUUCGAAAAUUCUGUGAACUCAAUACAGGCAAAUGGAUUGGCUCUUUUCAUCAAUUUGACACUCAUGGAAAGUUGAUUCAAAAAGUGAACACUAGGCUUUCUGUCGGUACUUAUGGAGAAGAUGAACUCAUGAGCCUCAUUCAAACGCUCUAUAUAAAACAACCGCCAAUUUAUGAUGACGAGCCGGAAUGGGCAGAGUACAAGAUAAAGGAAACGAACAUGUUUACGGUGGAUAAGUAUCAACAGAUCGGAUUUUUCCCCAAUGAGAGGGCUUUUGCUCUGAGAUACCAGACUGCUGGCAUGUUAGAAACUGUAUUAAGACAAGGAGUGUUAGGGGAAGAUGACACUGGAGAAGAAUCACCUAGAAAUCUUAAGCUUCCUUCUCGACGUCCUUCUCUUGUAUGCGAAAAUUGCCUAUACUCACAAGAGAGAGAUAGACGGGCAAGAGCUUUUCAUAUCAUGGACCCAAAAGGCUUUGUAGAAAUGCUUCUUGUUUUCCUCGAGGAUAGAGGUGAUGCAGUCCUUUCCCAUCCUUCACUUGACAGUAACAUGGACAACGCAACAAGAAUCCUACCAUUUCUUGGUAGAUGGAAAGGCCAUUCUAUAACCAAACGCAGUGGUGUUUAUGGAGCAACUAUGGCUGAAGCUGAUACAAUAGCUUUGCUUGAAAUGGAUGAUAGCGGUCAGCUGAUUCAGGAUAUUACUUCCACAUCCGGCGGAGGUGAUGUAACGACCAACGUGCACUGGACGGGUAACAUGGAAGGUGACUUGGUUAUGUUUGAGGGAGCAUAUCAAGUAACGUUGUUACCCGGAGGUAUGUACAUGGGAUACCCAUCCAAUGUUGCAAAAUGUGUUGAAGAAUCAUGGUCAUUUCAUCUAGAAUUUUGCUGGCUUGAGGCUCCUGGCAAGAGACAAAGACUAGUUAGAACUUAUGAUGUAGAAGGCUUAGCUGUUUCAUCAACUUACUUUUCUGAAAUUAAAUUUUGAGUGUUAUCUUACUACUAAAUCAUGAACAUACUUCUAAAGAUUUGAUUAAAAAAUCAUUUACGUAACUGUAGAGGCGGCAACUGGGUUAAGUAAUCUCGGGUCUGGUUUGAGUUAUUUUGAGCUAUAAUGCGAUCACAAUCUCAGGCCGGAGAAAUUUUUUAUGUGAACUUAUUUCAUCAUAUGUAAGAUUGUGAACUUGCUGUUGAUAGCUCGACAGGUUGACACUUGGCGUUAUGGAUAAUCUUGUAAAUGUCUUUAAUCUUUCUUCAAAAGAUUUUAAAGCUUA